CAGACUUCCCAGCUGUCAUUCUCUAGAAGAUGGCGGACUGCGUUUCACUGUUAGAUGAGGAGCUCUCUUCUUUUGUCUUCAAUUACCUGACAGAAAACUCAGGCAGCCAGUAUGGGGAGGAGGAGGUCUGCUCGGACCGCUUGGACGCUGACUUCCCUGACAUUGACCUCUCUCAGCUGGACGCCAGCGACUUUGACUCAGUCAACUGCCUCAGCGAGCUCCACUGGUGCAACGACAAUGCCGACAUCUCCCCUGCCUCCAUCCAGUACAGCACAGGAGACCCCGAGCUCUUUGAGAUAGAAGAUGAGAAUGCAGCGCUGCUGGCUGCUCUCACAGACAGCCUGGACGGCAUGGUGGAGGACGAGGAGGGGGGGCUGUCUGUGUUUCCCUCGCUGAGGGAGGGGUCCGAGGAGGACCUCCCCUUCCCUUCAGGCUCCCUGAGUUCAGAGACAGAAGAUCCGUCUCUACUGAAAAGGCUCCUGCUGUCCCCCCCUAACGUGCCCACGGGCCUGGAGUCACACAAAGAGGGCAGCAGUAGCAGUGUGCAUCGCCAUAGCAGCCGGAGCCUGCAUAUGAAACCUGUCAGGCCUUUGGUUAAGCGUGAAAGCACACAUCAUGAGCGUAAGCCCCGAGCGGUGCGACCAGCUGGACGUCUGUGCACAGAGCUCCACCGGCACCUGACCACCACACAGGAGGCCGAGGACACUCCUUCAGCUGACACAGAGGAGGACGGGGAGGAGGAGGAAGAUGAUGAUGAGGAGGACAGUGAGUCCGAGGAGGAAGAAGAAGAGGAGGAGACCUCGAGCAGUGAGGGUGAAAGCUCCACCCCGCCUGAGCCCUCCAAGCCCCAGUUCUCCUCGGAGAAAGAACUGCACUCUGUGGUGGAGCUCAUCAAGUACAUGCACACAUACUGCCUCCCCAUGCGCAAGCAGGCCAUCUGGGAGCGCAAGGAGCGCGAGUGCUCAGGCCAGGUACGCAGGGCCAGGCCUGAGUACCCUCCUGCUCGUAUCUCCCCAAACUGUCACAAGGCUGCAACCCAGGCCCAGAUCUGCGCCCCUCGGCCGCGCCACGCCUUCACCCGCAGACGGGAGUUCAAAGCCAACUCUCUUCUGCGCGAACUGCUCGAAACGGUCAAAUCCUUUGAUGUGAGCAAGCCUUACAGACUCCACAGCCCCCCCUACAUCCAUAACAGAGGAGCUAUCCCCAAAGCAGCGCAGGACAGAAAGACUGAGACCCCCAGUCCGGCUGCCCGUUCGACCAAACCAGAGCUUAGAAAAGACUCCGAGAGUGACAGGUCCCUAGAGGCCCCUAAGAGCCCCGAUCUGGAGGACGCGUCUUUCUCUGUCCGCCGCUCCCGCAGGCUCGCCUCUUUCCCCAGCCGCUUCGCCAAGAAGGUCCGUGCGGGCCGGAUGAGGGUGGAGCCUGUGUCGGGAGCCGGGCACCUUGGCGAGGAGGACAUGGCGGUCAAACACCCCAUGGGACACGGCCUGGAGAAAGACACCACCACCCCUAACAACAGUACUUCUUCCCAAACCACGGCAGACACAGCUGAACCCGAUAACAUCUGCUGUCAAAACGUGAAACGCAGCUGCCUCUGUCUGCCGCUGACUCCCAUAUCUACAGGAGAUACCCAGUAUGCCAACAAGCCAUUUGAGCAGACUCUCAGCAUGGACCUGUGUGGCACAGCAGGCCUCACCCCUCCCACCACCCCCCCUCACAAGCCUGUGGAGGACGAGCUGUUCAAGCCUGAGGGGAAAGGAGAGUCCCCCCCGAAGGGUUCUUGGCUCUCCCGGGCCAACUCCCGCAAGUUCCCCGAGCAGACCGAACUCUACGCUCAGCUCCGCAAGAUGGGCCAGGCCAGCGAUGCAGAUCCCAAAGUCCACCAGACGUUCGGAGACCACGACUACUGCCUGCUGAGCCUGGGGGAGCGUCGGAAGAGAACCGCCGCCAUGCUGUCCCACUCUCUGUUCGGACGCUCUUCUUCUGAAGGGCCAGAGCCUAAGGGGGAAAAGGCGCUGGGGGGCGAGAUGCAUGGACAUCAGCGUGAAGACAAACUCUUCUCCAAGGUACCAGAGUACCUGAGUAACGGUACCAGGGCUGACAGCAAGGGGGACGGACGGAGGGCGACCGCGGCAUCACACCAAUCAGGAUCGCCCCAUGCUAUAUCACCCCACAAGUCAGAUGAAGAGGGGGAGCGCUCCUCCCUCUGCCCCCGCUCUCCCUCCCCCAUCCUCCACUCCAGCUUCUGCCAGCCCCACUCCCCUAGCAGUAAGCCUGACAUCAGCUGCCAGAACUCUGAGACGUGCCACGGAGACAAGCAGGAGAACAACAUCUCCAAGUCUGGGAUUCAAAUUGACGAGGACAACUGCCAAGUGUUCUACAUUCACAACCUGCCGAGCAGCGUCACACAAAUUAUGCUGCGCAAACGCUUCGAGGCCUUUGGCGACCCAGAGGACUGCAAAGUCAUCACCAAAAACGAGGAGCGCUGUGGAGUCAUCAAGUUUCGUCAAGCGCCCAGUGGCCAGCAGAUCCAGAAGCACAGACGAGAGCCGCUCUUCCAGAACAGAGGGGGUGGCAUGCACAGGCUCAGCAGGAAGAGAUACAUUGAUCUGGACGAAGCGGGACCAGGGCCAGUAAAGAGCAAGUAUGACGCCCUGGACUUUGACACCCUGCUGAAGGAGGCCCAGAAGAGCCUGCAUCGCUGACGGGGACUCGGCUGGCCUCGCCUUAGAACCCCCAGACUUGCCUCAGUACCUCAACCAAGGCACCUCGUCAUGUUUACAUUUUUAACAUUGGAAUAAGAAACAGACCUUGUCUCUUUUGACUGAGGAUACUACCGAGGAAGCUAGCGGGGGUUGGAGGGAUGGAGGGAAAAGCAACCAAACAACAUAGAAACUCUCUGAACACAAAAGCUGCUUCCUGUCUGUGUUCAUGACUUAUUCGUGACUCGUUCUCGCACCAUUGGGAGUGGGCGUGCAGGCGGGCGAGACCUUUGUAGCAAAUGUUUCUCCCUCCGUUGGUCAUUGUGGUGUGUGUGUGUCUGCGUGUGUGUCGUUCUUUUGUACCCCCUUGGUCACUACUGGUGCAACUGCAAGCUCAGCUGUAUUGGUCGUUACGUCCUACAGUAUAUAACCAGCCUGCUCUAUAUUAGCAAACUUGUGGAUGUUAAAACUAUGUGUGUUAUGACAGAAAAUACAAUAGCAGAAAAAUAAUUUUAAUAACUUAAAAGAGUUUACAAAUCGAAAAUGAAAAGAAAAAAAUCUUGUUUUAUGUCAUUUUAGUGCUUCCUUAAUUUAAUCUAUGCACUCUUAACGAGGUAAUACUGUUUCUUCUCUCGACUUGUUCCCCCUACUCUGCCUGCUUUACUCUGAAGGUUCCCACUGCUGAAGAGAUAGACAACCUGCUAACACAGCGUUUUCCAAACUCGGUCCUGGGCCCCCCCUGGGUACACAUCUAGUUUUUUGCCCCUAGCACCACACAGCUGAUCCAAAUAACCAACUCAUCCUCAAGCUUUGAUUAUUUGAAUUAUCUGUGUAGUGCUAGGGCAAAACCCAAAACGUGCACCCAGGGGGGACCAGGAUCGAGUUUGGGAAACACUGUGCUAACACUAAUCUAGGAUGGCAGUCACUUCCUAUCCUGCCAACACAUAAAUGGGGUUAUGACAACCAAUGAUAUUAUGUCAUGAAGUAAAGUUCAAGGCAUAUUUACCCUAUGAAAACUCACUCACUCUCUGAAGAAAAUCACAAAAUCCAUCUUUGUACUGUUGGAACAUGUGACUCAGUCAGUAAGUCAACUUAUUCAAGCACAGAGUAGAAUCAGACAUUUACUACAAGUUCCAGAUAUACCCUAAACUUUAGUAAUGGAAUGUACACCUGAAUGAUCUGAAUGUAGAGCCCCUGCCUGAAUCCAAAUGAUUAUUAUUAGGAUUAUUGUUAUUAUAUGAAUCCAAGCCUCUGUAUUCUUUAAUAGAGCUCUAAUGCAGCCUGUGUCUUUUGUGAUGCAGCCAGCAGUGUAGCUGAGGGAGAGCGAGUCCGAGGCUCACCGUACAGGGGAACUACCUCUGUAUCUGAUGAUGGUAGAGGUAAUACUACCAUUAACACCUGAGAGAGAGGGGUGGUGGGAUAUCAACCCUGUUGAAGUUUGUUGAAAUUUCCCAGAGGUAUGGAUGGUACUACAUCAGUCAAGCACGUCAACCCCAUUUGCUCUCCUUCCCUCUCCUUCCCUAUUCCCUCUCCUUCCCUCUUCCCUCUCCUUCCCUUUUCCCUCUCCCUUCCCUCUCCUUCCCUCUUCCCUCUCCUUCCCUCUUCCCUCUCUUUCCCUCUCCUUCCCGCUUCCCUCUCCUUCCCUCUUCCCUCUCCUUCCCCUCUUUCCCUCUCCUUCCCCCUUCUCUCUCUUUCCGUCUCUUUCCUCUCCUUCCCUCUUUCCUCUCCUUCCCUCUUUCCUCUCCUUCCCUCUUUCCUCUCCUUCGCUCUCCUUCCCUCUUUCCUCUCUUUCCGUCUCUUUCCCUCUCCUUCCCUCUCUUUCCCUCUUCCCUCUCUUUCCCUCUUCCAUCUACUUCCGUCUUUCCUCUACUUCCCUCUCCUUCCCUAUUCCCUCUCUUUCCCUCUCUUCCCCUCUUCCC